GUGCCCCCCGGAGCCGGCUGGACGCGGUGCUCGCGCGCAGACCCAUCAUGAGGUCGGUGCUGGCGGUGCUGGUGCUGGCGGUGGUGGCUGGCGCGCAGCAGGCGGCAGAUGGUCGGCCCAGUCGGCGCUGCGGUCUAGACGAGGCCACGUGCGGGGACGGCACCUGCAUCAACGCGGACUACAUCUGCGAUGGGCGACAGGACUGUCCGGAUGGCUCCGACGAGAACAGAUGCAGCACUCGCGACGAGUGUGAGCCGAACGAGAUGCAGUGCGAUAACCGCAUCUGCGUGAUGAAGCAUUGGCGCUGCGACGGCGACAACGACUGUGGCGACAACUCGGACGAGCAGAACUGUGGCGGCCCGCCGCCAGGCUCUGACUGCUCGGCCAGCGAGUUCCAGUGCGUCGACAGCAGCGGCGCGGCCCGGCAGCAGUGCGUGCCGCGCACGUUCCAGUGUGACGGUCGCGCCGACUGCCAGGACGGCAGCGACGAGUUCGGCUGCGCGAGCCCGGUGAUCGUUGAGCAGCCGCCAUCAGUAGUGGUCAUCAGCAUCGGUGACGUGUUCAUCAUCAAGUGUCGCGCCGUGGGGAAGCCCACGCCGGAGAUCACCUGGCGACGAAACUGGAACCAUGUGCCCUCAAAGUGUCGCCAAGAGAGGUGCGUCCUAGUUGAGUUAUCAGGCAUUUUGUUUCGGCGGAAUGUGCUUUAUCUCCGUUGA